AUGCCAAUUAAUGUGGCCACCACCAUUCUUAGCAGUAGAGGAAACAGAAAAGCAAAAGAAGCCCAGGAUGGAGAAUAUUUUGAGAAAGCUGCGUCUGAGCUCGAUACACAAAUCGUGGAAGGUUUAGCAUUUGAUUUCCGGUUCCACACUGACCCCUGUGCCUCCAGCCCCAGCCGUUGGGGCAGACAGACCAUUGUGUCUGGACCGUGCCCUGAGCAAGCCUACGCCUUCCCCCAGCGGACACCGCAGGCCUCAGAUAGCAUCGAGGUGUUCAAAUGGAACAAUGAGAACCAGGACAAGAGUGGAAAGAAACAGUUCGCUGGACCUCAGCAAAAGAAACUCCAGGGUUCCUUGAAAAGAAAACAGGUAGUUAACCUGUCUCCUGCCAACAGCAAGAGGCCCAAUGGCUUUGUCGACAAUUCGUUCCUGGAUAUCAAAAGAAUUCGUGUCGGGGAAAAUCUAUCUGCAGGACAAGGUGGCCUCCAAGUAAAUAAUGGACAAAGUCAGAUUAUGUCAGGGACCUUGCCUAUGAGCCAAGCACCCCUGAGAAAGACUAACAUUCUGCCACCCCACACACAUUCUCCUGGCAAUGGUAUAUUUAACAUGGGCUUAAAGGAGGUGAAGAAGGAGCCAGGAGAGACUGUGUCUUGCAGUAAGCACGUGGAUGGCCAAAUGACCCAGGAGAGUAUGUUUUCUAAUAGGUACGGAGAUGACUCUGGAGAGCAACUGAUGGAUCCGGAGCUGCAGGAACUGUUCAAUGAACUGACCAACAUAUCUGUGCCUCCCAUGAGUGACCUUGAACUGGAGAACAUGAUCAAUGCCACCAUAAAGCAGGAUGACCCAUUUAGCAUUGACCUGGGUCAGCAAAGCCAGAGGAGCACACCCAGGCCCUCCUUGCCCAUGGAGAAAAUAGCGAUCAAAAGUGAAUACUCACCAGGCCUGACUCAGGGCCCCUCAGGCUCUCCUCAGUUGAGGCCCCCAUCAGCUGGCCCUGCAUUCUCCAUGGCCAGCUCUGCCCUUUCCACUUCGUCCCCCAUCCCUUCAGUCCCUCAGAGCCAGGCUCAGCCUCAGACAGCCUCAGGAGCAAGCCGGGCCCUGCCGAGCUGGCAGGAGGUGUCCCAUGCCCAGCAGCUCAAACAGAUAGCUGCCAAUCGUCAGCAGCAUGCCCGGCUGCAGCAGCACCAGCAGCAGCACCAGCCCACCAACUGGUCAGCCUUGCCCUCUUCUGCCGGCCCAUCCCCCGGUCCGUUUGGGCAGGAGAAAAUCCCCAGCCCUUCUUUUGGUCAGCAGCCAUUCAGCCCACAGAGCUCCCCCAUGCCUGGGGUAGCUGGCGGCAGCAGCCAGCCGAAAGUCAUGUCUAACUACAUGUACAAGGCCAGCCCCUCGGCCCAGGGUGGGCACCUGGAUGUGCUCAUGCAGCAAAAGCCUCAGGAUCUCAGUCGAAGUUUUAUUAACAACCCGCACCAGGCCAUGGAGCCCCGUCAUGGCAACACCAAGCCUUUGUUCCACUUUAACUCAGAUCAAGCAAACCAGCAGAUGCCUUCAGUUUUACCCUCCCAAAACAAGCCUUCUCUCCUGCACUACACCCAACAGCAGCAGCAACAGCAGCAGCAGCAGCAGCAACAACAGCAGCAGCAACAGCAGCAGAGCUCAAUUUCAGCUCAACAACAACAGCAGCAGCAGCAACAGCAACAACAGCAGCAGCAGCAGCAGCAGCAGCAACAACAACAGCAGCAGCAGCAACAACUGCAGCAGCAGCAGCAGCAACAGCAGCAGCAGCAGCAACAGCAACAGCCACCAUCCCAGCCCACCCAACCUCUAUCAAGCCAGUCUUUGCUGAGGUCCCCCUUGCCGCUUCAGCAAAAGAUCCUGCUUCAGCAAAUGCAGAAUCAGCCCAUCACAGGACUGGGGUAUCAAGUCUCCCAACAACACAGACAGGAUCAACACUCUGUGGUAGGCCAGAACGCAGGCCCCAAUCCAAGUCCCAACCCCUGCUCAAAUCCAAACACUGGAAGUGGUUACAUGAACUCCCAGCAAUCACUGUUGAAUCAGCAAUUGAUGGGAAAGAAACAGGCUCUCCAGAGGCAGAUCAUGGAGCAGAAACAGCAACUUCUUCUGCAGCAGCAGAUGCUGGUUGACACGGAGAAAAUGGCUCCACAAGAUCAGAUAAAUCGACAUCUGACAAGGCCACCCCCAGAUUAUAAAGACCAAAGAAGAAAUGUGGGCAAUAUGCAACCAACUGCUCAGUAUUCUGGUGGCUCAUCGACAGUGAGUCUAAACUCUAACCAGGCUUUGGCAAACCCAGUUUCAACACACACCAUUUUAACUCCCAAUUCUAGCCUUCUAUCUACUUCCCAUGGGACAAGAAUGCCAUCGUUAUCUACAGCAGUUCAGAACAUAGGAAUGUAUGGAAAUCUUCCUUGUAAUCAACCUGGCACAUACAGCGUCACUUCAGGAAUGAAUCAAUUGACCCAACAGAGAAACCCAAACCAAUUGAUAGCAAAUCAAAACAACCCUCUGAUGCCACGGCCACCUACCUUAGGCCCAAGUAAUAAUAACAAUGUGGCCACUUUUGGAGCUGGAACUGUUGGCAAUUCACAACAAUUGAGACCAAGUUUAACCCAUAGUAUGGCAAGCAUGCCAGCACAGAGAACAUCGAACGUAAUGAUCACAUCCAACACAACAGCACCAAACUGGGCCUCUCAAGAGGCAACAACCAAACAGCAGGAAGCCCUGAAGUCCACAGGAGUCCGCUUCCCCACAGGGACACCUGCAGCCUAUACCCCAAACCAGUCAUUACAACAAGCAGUAAGUAGCCAGCAAUUUUCCCAGAGGGCAGUGGCUCCUCCUAACCAGUUAACACCAGCAGUGCAAAUGAGACCCAUGAACCAAAUGAGCCAAACACUAAAUGGACAAACCAUGGGUCCACUCAGGGGCCUGAAUCUCAGACCCAAUCAGCUAAGCACACAGAUUUUGCCUAAUUUGAAUCAGUCAGGAACAGGGUUGAAUCAGUCGAGGACAAGCAUAAACCAGCCACCAUCCCUGACACCCAGCAAUUUUCCUUCAUCCAACCAAAGUUCCAGGGCUUUUCAAGGAACUGACCAUGGCAGUGACUUAGCUUUUGACUUCCUCAGCCAACAGACUGAUAACAUGGGCCCUGCCCUAAACAGCGAUGCUGAUUUCAUUGAUUCUUUGUUGAAGACAGAGCCUGGUAAUGAUGACUGGAUGAAAGACAUCAAUCUUGAUGAAAUCUUGGGGAACAACUCCUGAAGAAGAAAGAGGAGACAAUUUAUAAACUCCAAGCACUAAAAGGCAGUAUUUUACAAGGACUCUGUAAAGGCCAAACUGUUGACUUUUAAGUGGACUACAUGAAGAUACCAUGGCUUAAAAUUGGGAAGCAGAAAGUAACUGCGAUGGUGAACAUUUUGGUCCAAAUUCUUGUCCUAAAUCUCAAACCUGAAAGUAAAACAUUGGGAUCACUUUUCCCUGUCUAAACUCCAGGACACAGUAUCCAAUUUAUCCAAACAGAACUGUGAUGUUGAUGUGUAAUUAAUUGUGUAAAAUAGGCUUCUCAAGCUCCUUUUCUCCCUGAAAGAAAGGUAAUAGAACUUGUAGCUUAUUUAAACCCCAUGUCAUGAGGAGGUACUAUUAAUAGUUCCAAGCAACAAAUUCCUUAAUUUGCUCUAAUAGAUAUGUGUGGUUUGAUUUUUCCACACUGUCCUUUCAUUUAAUUUUUCUAAAUCUUGCAGGAUGGAUUGAAAUGUUAUAGGUUUGUUUGGAGAAACCAAACAGUACCCUAAGUAAGGGAAAGCCAGAGAACCUAGAAAACAUCCAGUGGAAUACAGAAUUUCUUCCCUAGAUUCAUUGCUUACUUUUGCAGUUUUGCCACAAGUACUGUACUUUGGGAUGCAUGUAUAGUGAUGAAACAAGAAUGUAGAGCUGUAAAAUGUGAUUUUGGCUUCCACAGUCAAUUUCUAAAUCCACUCCCAACCAAGUUUUAGAUACAACCAAGACCUGUCCUAAUCAUACUGAAAUACUGAUGCACACCUGUCUAUAUUAGAUUUCACUUUUUAAAAAAUCCAUUGGACAUCACUAUAAGGAAGAUUUAUUUGGACAUAAAUAAUCUGGGGUAUUGCUUAUUGUGGUUGAUGCCCACUGGUUUAUACCCAAGCUGAAUGAAAUCAAGCCUUGUCCCUUCCUACUUAUUUUGAUGACCAGAGACUGGUUUGUAAGAAAAGGAAGUUUGGAGACCAAAACUGAGAUGAGAAGGUAUCAUGUUUUGGUUGGAGAUAAGAACCAGGAGUGGUGGGUUCAAGUGGUUACAGAUCUAUUUCUUAGGGUUUGAAGGGAAGCAUAAUUAAGAGGGAAAACAGUCUGCCCUUCUUCAGACGUAUUAUUUGGAUUUGGGUGAACAGCUAAAUAUUAAUGGAAUGUGGUCUGUUAGUAGCGGUUCUAUUCAUUCUUCUCUCCCUGACGUGAUGAAUCAUUGCCACAUGCUAGAUGGACCCUUCAUGUCCAGGUUUUCUCCCUCAAGGCUGAGCACUAUUUUGUUGAGUCAUUUAACCUCAGUGCCCAUAUACAGACCAGCUGUAAGAUGGGGAAGAUGUGUGCUGAUUUGGAAUGGAUGAAAAAUAUCACCAUCAUUUUCCUAAUUACAGAGGGACAAAGGUUAUCUUCAGUGCUUUCAGUUAUACACUCACAUAUUCAAAUAUCAAAUGUAAUUUAACUGAAGUCAUUUAAUAAUCAAGUCUUUAAAUAUCUG